AACAGCGGACGAAAUGUCAGUGCCUUUUGGAAGGUGGAACGGAUUCGACACAGGGACGAUCACCGAGGUCAUCGAUUUGAGCUCAAGUUUACGGUGGCACCGGUCAAAGAUUUCCAGUUGGAUGAAAAUGCCAUUGUGAAUAGAAGUUUCAUAAUUCGAGACGAAGAUUAUCCACGAUAUUUUGGUACUGUUUCUCCGAAUGCCAUUCCGAUGACGAAACGUAACGAUCAAACUACGCCAAGCCAAGACCGAGCCAUCUUUGAUCCCGUUUAUCCGUAUCACCCGCAAUAUGCUCACACACGCUAUUACAGCCGACCUACGCAAUCGUCCUUGACUUUGGGAGAAUACUUGAUUCAAUCACUGUUUUCCAGUGCUGAUACUACACCUAAAGUGCAACAUCAUCACUAUAUGUCAAGCUCGGGCAUGAAACUUGGUUCUGCUUUCAACAGGAUCAAAUUCCCUGAUACGAUUACAACUUCAACAUCUCCAAAGUUCUAUCACCACAUCCACUUCCAAAGGCCAUCGAUGGCUCCUCUAGCUCCAACUGCCCCUCCAAGUCCGCCAAUGACCAAUGAUGUCCAAACGUCAACGACGAACUUUGCCCAGCAGGACUUCUCGAAGGCAGUGGAUCUCCGAGGAACAACAACCGAAACGUUGGAAGCUAAGCCGAAUACCGAGAAUACGGUUGUGGCGCCCAGGCCGAUGAUCCAACCCAUCCAGCCGCAGGUUGUACCAAUUCAAAUGUUCCGAUAUCCACCACCGCUGGUAGCAUUCCAACCAGUUGGCAAUUAUCACCAUCCGCUGCAAACUCCGCAACCAUUGGCUCAAGCUUCCCAACAACAACCGCAAAUUUCAGCAGUCUCGCCCAUCCCUCAACAAUCCAACCCACCACCACUACAACCACUUCCCCCGAACCUAGUUCAAUCAAUCCCAAUCUUCAAUCCCCAAGGCCAGGUUAUGCUCAAUCACAUCCCGGUUUCCCCCAACCAUAUGGUAUCCGUAUCCCAACCUCCGAUUGCCAUCCCAGUGCACGUGCAACUCAUACCUUCCCAGAACCAACUUUAUGCACCUCCCCAAUCCGAUGGACUCCACCCUAUACCAAUCCGAUUGCUGCCGGCGGCCCCGGUUCCUAUGUACUCUCCAGUGAAUCCCUACCUUGGUCCACAUCCAGCUUACGUGGCCACCAAACACCCUAACCAAACCCAUCUACCGCACUUCCCGUUCUAUUCCCCGAACAGUAUCCCAACUACUCUCAAAUACACCGCUAUCAAGUAUACCCCACAACCCUCCACCAGUCCUUUGGCGAGCCCAACUGCGUCGUACCAUCGAUACUCGUCACUUCCGACAGUCCAGGCGUCCCCAGCGGGCUAUCGAGAAAAAUUCACGGCUCCACAGUUCAGACCGGCGGCUGUCAGUAGCACAGCUGCCCCAUCGCCAGUGAGCAAGUUACCAGAUCCGGAACCAACCGGAAAUAACGCCGUUUCACCCAAAUUUCAAUCAUUUGGUAUCGAAAAUGCAGUUACCCCCAAAGCGACCUCCGCAUAUCCCGCCAGCGUAACGGCAAGCGGAGGAGGAGACAAUCCACAAUACACGCCAUCCCUCGGACACAGCUCAUCCGUCCAGGGAGCCCUUUACAGCAACUUCAUCGAUGACAAGGGUGCGGUUAGCGAGAGUGGUAGAUUGUAUUCGGAUUCGUACAACCUCAACCUGACCACUCCAAUCUCUAUCACGACACCUGCUCCGGCAAUGUCAUUCACCCGAUUUGCCUCAUACACCAGUGGACCGCACAAAGUUCCUUCACCAACGAUCGUACCGCCACAGCUGGAAACACCAAUUUCAUCGACCCUAAAGAGUUACCACUACAUCAAUCAUCACGACAACUAUGAAUUCGUACCAUCAAGAGUCGUCGAACUGGCACACGUUAAAAAGGGAAAGAAACAGGGCAAACGGAAAAAUCCCAACAACAACAACAGCAACAACCAUCACCACGUAACCGUUACUAGUCAUAAGCCGUUGAAGUUCAGCGAAGCACCUGAUUUUGCCACGCACCGACCAGAGUCACAGCUAAGUGUACAGUUACCGCCUCCAGCUACUAGCACAUUCUACGGCACUCCAAAACACAACCAAAAGGUCCAAAAACCGAAGAACUACUCAACGCUACCGUACAGCAGUUCAACGACACCUUUCCCAACAUCCCUGACGACUCCGGCUUCAACAACCUUCGGAACCAGUGCCAGUCCAAUCCCCGCACUAUCUGAGGCCACCCCUAGCAGCACUGCCGGAACCAGCACAACUGCCAGCGUAAGCUCAACGACCGCCACCACGGAAAAACCAUUCACAGCUUACCAAUCGGCCCAACCCAUCACCAGAAGCAACGACGUCAUCACCAGGAAAUCCGACGACAUCAACCUCAUCACAACAGUCCGGCCUCGUUUGGUUAUCAAAACCGUCUACAAACCAUUCUCAAGCACAACGCAACAGAUCAUAACCAACUCCAUGAUGGGUCAAUACUCACAUAUGGUAACCGAAAAACCCGCCCUCAAAUGGGUCCCCAAACGACCACGCAGCCGAAAGCAAGGCCGUGUGCCCAGUAACAACAACAAUGACUCUGCAGGAGCCAGUUCUUCGGCCAGCAUCGAACAGAUCUCAUCGGAGCAUGCCUUGAGAACCCAAACCGCUGCCCCUGCACCGCAAAUAACGAGCCGAGCUAGCUUCGAAAACCAAGUGAACCGACUUCGAUCACGGGGACGAUCCCGCUACAACCAUCCACGCGUAACGACUCCCAUCAAUCCUCCAGCCCAACAACAACACCACAAUCACUACCCGAUGCGUACGGCCCAUCAUCGACAACGAACAACCAGCACCACUACCUCAACAUCUACCAUCCGUCCAAUCCCCGGUGUAACUUCUUCCGCCUUCGACAGUAACCGAUUGGACAGCCGACCGGACGAAAGUGCCCAAAUCUCCGUCACAAUACCCCGAAGUCCCUCAAGCAACGAAAAAUCGAAACGAGACGCUACCAACGAAGAAAACGAAUCCAUGGCGGCAGAACCUCUCGUCUCGAAGCUGAUCAACACCAACUCCGAAAUACCUCUCCGUACCGAGUACGAAGUCGUUAAAGCCGAUCUCAAACCCAUCGAAACCAACCACUCGGGAAUGAUUCUUUUUGAAGCCAGCGAUGCUAGCCACGGACCGACGGGCUUUUCUACUCCCUCGCCUCAAACCACUUUCGAAGAUCUAACCAUGUCCAUCAUCAACCAUGCGAGGGCCAUCAGCAACCUGACCACACCUCUCGAUCACUCCAAUUCCAACGAACUGUUCACGAACGAGAUCAAUCACAAGGACGAACAUGACGAAUACAGUAAAAUAUCGGAAACAACGCUACCUUUCGUGGCGGCAACGGAGCCCAGCAUAAUCCCCAGUGAUCAACAACAACAAGCAUCGGUCGAAAGCACACUGCCGGAAGCGACGGCGGCAACAUCAAACGAUGUUGUCGAGGCUGUUACGGCUGCAGUUGUCGACGAUUCGAUAGCAGAAGAACAGCAAACCGAAUCGCCGAGUGAGCUGCACGAAACGACGGACGCAGACGAGAUCAGCAGUAGGAGCGAAACGACUGUUAGUGUAGAUGAAGUGUGAUGACUGACGAGGGUGACAGAAUCUUCUUCUGAGCGUGAGCGUGAUGAGUGCGAAACCGAAAUCCAACUGAAAAAAAAACAAUCAGAAUCCAAAAGCAGAAGCAAUCGAAAGUUGAUAUUUAGGUAGGAUGUUAAGGCCGUGCGUAAUUUAUGAGUAUACUAUUUAUAGGGAAGAUCCGAUCGGAUCAAUGAUAUAACAAUAAUUAUCAUGUGGGGGGCUUGAAUGAAAUUUGUAGAAAGAUAAAUCCCAAAAGCCACCGGGAUCCAUGUAGAUGCAUUCUAUAGCGUCAAAGCUUGUAGAAAUCGAACUUUACCGUGGGAGAAAAAACAAUGAAAAGUGAUGAAAACGCUUCUAGAAGAGCGCAGACAUAACAACUAGAAAAAAAACAAUCGGGAACUGUAUACAAAGUGUUAUUUUGUUUAUGUCAAAAUAAAGCGAUAAUUUAUGAUA